AUGUCCGAUCUCCUCGAAGUCCUCCCUGAUUUUGACCUCAAACCGUAUACGCAUCUCCUCCAUUCCCUAGAGAAAAAUGACAUUACUGUCACCGAUCUGAUCUCUCUAGACCCGAAAGAGAUUGCCAGAAAAUGCCCUCUUCCUUCGGCCGACGUCCAAAGAUUGGUGGAAGAUGUCAUUCAGUCUCUGCAACGCGACAUACUGCAAGGAGUAAGGAAGAAGCGCAAGAUUACAGCCACGGAUGUGGGAGAGACAGCAGAUGAUGGACCACAGGUGAAGGGGACAAAGAUGGACUUGCCGUUGAAAGUUAGGACCCUGGAUCCAAGCAUAGAUCAAGCAUUGAACGGAGGCCUGUACCCAGGUCACAUCACAGAGGUGGUCGGAGAGAGUGCUGUCGGCAAAACUCAGUUCGUCCUGGGGCUGUUGCUGUCUGUUCAACUACCUCCCCCCAAAGGGCUCGGAAAAGGGUCAAUCUACGUUUCAACUGAAGGACCACUCCAUACCAAGCGGCUGAGCCAGAUGCUUCUUCACCAUCCCGAGUACGACGGCUUGAAGCCUGAUCAAGGACCAUCACUUGAUCGUGUGCAUACCAUUGCAACCAACGACCUGGAAGCACAGGAACACAUCCUUCGGUAUCAGCUUCCUGUUGCGGUCCAGCGAUUCAAUAUUGGACUGAUCGUCCUAGAUUCAGUGGCCGCAAACUUUCGAGCCGAACACGAGACCCGGACGCCCGCUCAACUCGCUGACCGCGCCUUUGAGCUGGCCAAAUUGGGGCACAUGCUAAGACGGGUCGCUAUCGAAAACGACAUCGCGGUCGUGGUCACCAAUCAAGUGUCGGACCGCUUCGAUGGUUACAAAAUUCUACCUCAGUCUUCAUCACCGGCAAUGACUUCCUCUCCUGCAGUACCAAGAGCGUAUGCACCGGCGGUAGUGGAUCGGCGGAACGAGGCCCAGAGCCUUGAUCACCAACAGCGCUUCUUCACCGGGUGGGGAGACGAGAAAGGAAAGACUAGUAGGCCGGAACAAUUAAAGACACCCGCGCUCGGACUGGCAUGGGCCAAUCAAAUUUCUGCUCGCAUCGUCCUUAAGAUGGAGAGUGAACGACAGGAAUACGCGGGCGGCAAUAUGUGGAAAGACAAGAAGAAAAACAGGACCUUCUCGGUUGUCUUUGCUCCAUGGGCGAGCCCCACCCAUUGCCCCAUUCGGUAUGAGAUUGCAAUGCAGGGUGUGGUUUCAGUUACAGACACUGAAAGGCCCAAAGGGGCACUUGCAACCGUAGAUGAAGAGCAUGCGGACUUGCUGGACGAGGCUUUUUGGGCUACGGAUGAGGAUGAUGAGUUUCCAUGA